AGUCCCGCACGACCCGUCCCUUAAAUUUGUCGCACCCCGCUCUCCACGCAACAGUCAUGGAAGGAGGCUCGAUUCGGAGCACGAGUUCGGACGACGUUUCGUUCGCGGGGGAGAGUCGGCAGUGCUGUCCCGAGGGCACCAACAACCCGGCCUACAAGAAGGGACGAAGGAUCCAGCUCCUCCAGAUGCUCAUCCUCCCUUUCAUCCCCAUCCUGGCGCUCAUCGUCCAGACGGCCGUCUCCCUCCGGGUCCUCGUCAAGCACCGACAAGAAAUGGCCGACAUCGAUUCCCAGGUGACUGUUGCGACCGAGCUGGGUAAAAUAGUGACACAUAUUCAAGAAGAGCGUUCGGAGGUUGCUUUUUUCAUCUACACGAAUGGAAGCACAUACAGGAAAAACCUAACAGAGAGGUAUGAUGCGACCGAUUCAGUUUUGCUGAAUAUGAGCAUAUGGCCGUCUGUUUUUCAUUUACACUCUGAAAACGGCUCUCAAUUCACACUCAUCAGGAACAAAUCCGAAUUUCAGAUGGAACUUUCCCAAUUCAGGGACACGAUUUCUGAAGGCAACAAGGAUAGGAUUUUGCGAUGGUACACAUCGGUCAAUGCCGCGAUGCUGACUCACUUGACGAAUCAUAUCAAGGAAGCAGACACUAAUGGAGUGUGGAGGUAA